UCUCCUGAGAGCAGCAGCAAGGUGCGCAGCAGGCCACAAUGGGCCCCAGCUCCCAGCAGUGCAGGCUGUGACGGCCCUGAGCUUCCUCCAAAGCCCACAGCAGCAACUUCAGAUGUCAGCUCUCAGGCACUCAAGAGGGCAGUGUGUGAAAAGCCAAUUGCUGACAAUGUAAGUACCCCAAAUCAAGAUGUCAGCUCAAGAGAUUGCUACAAAGCUCUGCAAAGAAGGGGACAAGCACCUGGUCAGGGAGGAGAUGUCUCUAGCCACGGCUUUCUACAUGGCUGCAUUCAGCUGUAGUGCAUCCUUUGCGGUGCAGAAGGUGAAGUCCCUGGGCAAGGGGCUGUGGGAGAAAGUGAUAGCCACCCUUGAGAUGUGGUGCACAGGAGAGAGUCAGAUUCCCAAGAUACAGUGCGACAACUUGGCCAUUGUGUCCCUCAAUGUGGGGGUUGCUGCUGUUUUUCUGUCCACCCUAGACCCCAGCAACAUAGCUGCCUCCCUAUGCAAGAUGGAGGCCAUGCUGGGGCAACAGCAGUAUGAGGAUGUAGUGAGCCAGUGUAAUGCCCUGCUCAAAACCCACCCCAGACAUUCAGUGGAGCUGCUGCUGACUAGGGCUUUGGCCUGGGUGCUAUCAGGGACUCAGUCUGGGAAUGGUGUUGUGGACUAUAUCCAAGCCUUUGUGAACCACCAGGCUGAGACAGUGGCCUAUAUGCACAGCAGGCAAAAGGAGCACCUGCCACAGGUAAUCCAGGCCUUCUCCAGUUACCUCUCAGUGCACCGGGAGAAGGGCCCAGGGAGCCGGAUCCUGGACAAAUGGCGGGAUGACUGCUAUGAGUUCCUGGCUACCGUAGCGCCUGAUGACAUCUGGGUAUGCAGAGCCCAGGCAGCAUACCUCUUUGAGCAACGCAAGUUUGAGGAGUGUGUGGCCAUUUACAGCAAGGCCCUGGAGGCGUUGUCUGCUGGCAGCCAGCUCUGGGACAAGAGAGCUAUGGGUCUGCUGCUGGAGCGAGCUGCUGCUUACUUCUCCGCGGAUGGGCGGACACAGGAAAUGAUGAAGGACUUGACAGAAGCUUUCAUGGUCACCCCUGAGCAGGCCAAGAGGCGCUUUGAUGAGCUGUUCACACCUCAGGAUGCCGAUGUGAUCGAAGAGCAGGCUAGGGCUGCCCUGGAGGGGGAGUUUGCAGCCUACCGGGAAGCUGUGCGCACGCGGGCUGAGCUCCGAUGCGACACCAGCACAGAACUGCUCUCCUCGGUUAUCUGCACCCUCCAGUUCCUCAUCCAGAUUUCCCCAGGGGCCAAGCGAGAACUGAGCGCCCGGCUGGCAGAUUGCCAGCUGCUGUGCGGGCAUGUCAAGAAAGCCCUAGACAUCUGUAAUUCCCUCCUGGAAGCGGAGCAGAAGACAUAUUACAACACCCUCCUUGUGGUGCGGGGAUUUUGUCACCUCCACGCUAACCAUCCUAAGCAAGCCCUUCGGGACUUCCAAGAAGUCAUAGAGCAUGAUUCCCCACACCCUAACAGCUGUGUGAAAGCCCUGUGUGGCCGGGGACUCAUCCGGGUCUGUGGUGGCAGCCCUUACCUGACAGCCCUGGAUUACAUCACUGCCUGUCGGCUGAGACUGGAGGAAACCAUCGUGACUAUCAAGUCCUACGUGCCCUGGAACCAAAGAGGCCUGCUUGUGAAGGUCCUCCAGGAAGAAGGACAGAAGAUGCUUCAGAAGAAGCAUCACCCAACAAACAGCUCAGCCCAUGCACAGAAGAAAGGAGCCCAGCUGAAUGGCUUCCAGACCAAAGAAGGGGAUGCCUCCGGAGUGCACCAGCUGGCAUCUCUCCUGGUAGACCUAGACUCCUGUGAUGAGGCGUCCCAGAUCCUGUGUGCCGACACCCUGUACCAGAUGGAUCGGGUGGAAGAAGCUCACAAAAUCCUCUUAGUAGCUCUCUCUAGGAACCCUCAGAGUUCCCCCAUCCUGGCCAGGCUGGUGCUGCUGCAGUUGAAGAAGGGCUUCUUGUACGACAGCAAUCAGCUGCUAAAGAAAGUGAUCAAAAUAGGAGACACGUCCUGCUUGCUGCCUAUCAUGGAUAUUUUCAAAGAUGAAGACAGGAAACUGAUGCAAACUCACUGCCAUUCCAGGGCUAUAAGCAUCCUGAAGAACAAGCAAGGAGACAGCUACAUCAAAGGGGCUAUUGCUUACCUUUCCUUUGCAAUCAUUGCAGCAGGGGGCUAUGCUGAAGAUUCCCUUCUUACCAGAGCCCGAUGCUAUGGGCACCUCGGCCAGAAGAAAACGGCUAUUUUUGAUUUUAAUGCCAUCCUGAAGGAGGACCCGGGCAAUGCACAGGCUCUGAGUGGACGGGGAUUCAUUUACCUUGCACUGAACCAGCAGAAGGAGGCAGUACAAGAUUUGAUCUCAGCCCUCAGAACAGAUGCAGGAGUAGUGAUCCCAGCAAUCCUUUCCUUGAAGCCAGAAGCCCAGGUGCUGAUCACUGAGUGGCUACUUGAGCACUGCCGGAGUGCAUUAACAGACCUUCCAAAGGAACAGACCCUCAAGGACCUUACUGUGAUUGGGGGAUCAUUAAUUAAAAUUAAGAAGGAAGACUCAAGAUGUCACAUUUUGUAUACAGACAUUUUGAUGGCAGAUGGGAGGUGUGAAGAGGCCCUUGCUCAUCUCCAGAAGGCAUUUGGCCAGACUGUUACUGAUGAAUCUGCCAAUGCACGGCUCACCAUGCUGCAGCUGAAGAGAAGGACCAUACCACGGGCAGCUCAUACCUUGAGUGUCUUAGCUCAGAAAGACCACAGGGACCUGGGAUUCCUCUUGAGGCUUUUAGAGCCCAAGCAGCGACAGUCUCUCUCUCAGGCUUCAGCCCAAGAAGGAAAUGCACUGAUGAAGACCCAGCACUAUGAGAAGGCUCUGGGUUACUACUCCCUGGCUAUUUUGACAAGCAACAAUCAUCCAAGGUAUCUUCGGCAGCGCGCAGCAUGUCUGAUGCAACUGAAGGAAUAUGGCAAAGCCUUGCAGGACAUGGACCAAGUAAUCCAGAAACAUGAGUCUAAUAGCCUAAAAACUCGAGUUGAGGACCACUGCUCAAAGGGGCACCUGCUCUUGUUAACUUCAGAGGAGGAAGCAGCAGUUCAACAGUACAUUGAGGCAUUGCAGUUGGGACAGUCCCUGGCCUUGCGCAGCAUCACAAAUGGCCCCGGAAGGGAAACUUUAGCCAAAGCUUUUCAUUGCAUUGCGCAACGUCAUUUAGAAAGGCACCAUUAUGCAGGAGCCUGGAAAACCACAGCUUAUGGGCUCCUAAUUGAUAAAGAUGACACUGAACUUAAAAAACUAAAAACGAGAAUUAAACGAGAGGAUUCAGGCUGUAGUGUUCAUUAAUUUACUUGGUUUUGCCUAAUGGCUCUGCUAUUAUUUUUGUUCGUUGGCUGUGAGAAUAAGGGAAAUGGUUAUAAGUUUAUGAAGUGUUGUGAGAUCCAAGGUGUCUUUUAUGUAUACUCUGUGAAUUUUAUGUUACAGUAUGGAUUUGGUACUUUGUACAGGAAAAGCAAAUGAUUCAGUAGCAGAGAGAAUAAAUGUUCUAGCAAAACUGACCAAAUAAUCUACAUACAGGAAACAGACUAAGAAGUGCAAGCUGCAAUAUUCAGUAUUCUUUUAAAUUAUUAUGGGUGCCUUUAUUAAAAUGUAACCUUCUCUUAAUAAGCAUCUAUUUUCUCUGGAUAACCUGAAAAUUAAUUCUGGCUAACUGUAUUUCCUUCUGUCAGAACAAACUGUAAAUGACUGUGCAAAGUUUGUGAAUAAUUACACUACUGACUGA